GAGCGGCGCAUUAUAAAUGAUAAAGAAUGCAAUAUAUUUCAUUCUUCUCGCCAACGGCGCAAUAAAAGAAGAGUAAAAUCAUCGUUUUUUCUUUCGCCGUCUUGCAAAGCCGAGCGGCGCAAUACGAAGAAAAACGCAAGAUUCAUGUGAAUGAAACGCUAUGAUGCACCAACUAGCGCUCUCAGCGCGUGCAAGAAACAUUCGUCUCGUGUAGUCAACGUGCAAUCUGAACGCAUCCCUUCGUGCUCGUGCGGGCGGCAGCAUUGCGCAAUCCUCGAGUUCCUCGACCAAUCGCAGCGCCGUACGUCAACGCCGAGAGAACGCAACACUGCGAUUCAUCACACAGCGAUAACGCGACGACGCCAUUAAUUCGUUUCGUGUUUGAACAAUUCAAUUUAUUUACCGUAUUAGUAAAUUACUUGUGACUCGUGUAUUAGUGUAUUCUAGUAGUGUAAUAUUGUUUAGUGAUUGUAAAGUGUAGUGAUUGUUUAGAGCAUUUUAUACAGAAUUGUAAAAAUGUCAGACACCGAACAAAAAGAGGCAAUAGCCGCGCGAGGUCGCGCCAAAGGCUCAAUCACACGUUUAAAAAACAGCUUUGACCGAGAAGCGCUCAUAAAUUCGCCGAUAGAGUUAGUGCAAGCAAAGAAAACUAGGCUUCUAGAAGCCUUUCACGAAUAUGAGCGCCUCACUAGCAAGGUUGCCUCGCUUUUUUCCUCCCCACCAGCUACUCUCGCCACCGAUGACGAGGAGGUGGAAGAUAACUACAUUUUGUUGAUAGCACAGUUAGAUAGCAUCAUAAAUGUUAUCCGCCUACGGGACAAUCCUCAAGUGAGCGCUACCAGCAGCAGCGAAAAUGGCGUAAGUGUCAAGUCGGAGAACCUCAAGCUGCCUCGAGUCGUCAUAAAAACAUUCACAGUUGUCAAACAGCAUCUUGCUGCUCUGCAAAACCUGGGUGAGCCGGUAGAUAAGUGGGAUGCCAUAAUAAUUUGCAUCCUAUCUAAGAAGAUUGACCUGCCUACCUACAGAGCAUUUCAACUGGAGCGAGAUAACAAUGUGUCGCCCACGGUAAAAGAAUUCCUAGGUUACGUGGAAAAACGUGCCCUAGCAUUUGAAAACACUGAUGUGCAGAAGGGGCCUUCGCAAAGCUUUGUCAGCCAUCCUGUGGCUGCACAAGCAAAGACGUCCGCGCAUCAGCCUCAGCUGCAAUGUUUAUACUGUAAGUGUGCACACAGAUUAUAUAAUUGCCCGAGUUUUAAUUUAGCUUCCAUUCAUAAACGCAUGGAGUUCGCUUCAACAAACAACUUGUGUAAGAUUUGUUUGUCGCAACACAAGCGCAAAUGCAAAUUUCAUUUUCGGUGUAAGGUGUGCAAGCUACAGCACAAUAGCUUAUUGCAUCAAGACAAGCCUACUCCUUCUGUAACUUUGUCUGCAACUAGGAAUAGAGCCCAUAAUAUAAUAUUGCCUUCUGCUCGAGUCAAGCUGAUUACUAAGUCAGGGCUAGCAAUAUAUUGCAAGGCAUUGUUAGAUGGUUGCUCACAGGCAUCGUUCAUUACACAGAAGAUUGUGGACAAAUUGGGAUUACCGAUGCAAAAUACUAGUUCUAAAAUAACUGGUAUCAAUAAUGCCAAGCAUGCGAUUGACAAAUGUAUAAACCUUGAUGUACAUUCUGCUGUUUAUCCAUUCAAAAUAAAUGUCAAUUGCAAGGUUGUUGAUAAAAUAACAACAAAGUUGCCACAGAUUCCUAUUAACAAGUCGCACAUAACAUUGCCUACUAACUGCAAAUUAGCCGAUGAGAAUUUUAAUAAGCGUGGUGAUGUGGAUUUGCUGCUAGAUGCUGGUGUCUUCUUUCAGAUUCUUCUGACGCAGACGAAGAAUAAUGGAGACCAAGCAACCAAACAGCCUAUCGUGACUGCGGGCAGUGCAAGUACUCCGGCACCGAGCUUUACAACCUCGAGUGCUGCAGCUUCAAGUACUUCAAUAGCAUGCGCCGCUACGCCACAAGGUCCUACACUAGUGCAGACAUCAUUUGGCGUGAUCAUCGGUGGUCGAAUGCAGCUACCUGCAAGAAAAAAAUCCAAACAGGUAAUAUCUUUGCUUUGUAGGGAAUGCAAUGUAUAUCCAAGCGACCUGUCAAGUGCUUUUGGGGAAACUGAAAAGGUGCCUGAGAUUUUCUUAGAUAAAAUACCAGAGCAAGACUAUUGCGAAAAACCUUUUAGGGAAUCUACAAUGCUAGCAGAUAAUAAAUAUGAGGUCUCACUGCCCAAUCAGGUCCCUUUAGAGCAAAUCAACUCUGAGUUAGGAAAAUCUUCUCACUUGGCACUCAAUCUAGAAAAGAGGUUGCAUGUGCCACAGAAUCAAACUCUUUUCACAAAAUAUCAUGAUGGGCAUGGGCAAUUAAUCCUGCAUAAUGAAGGUUGUAUCUUUUCAGAACAUUCACCUGUGCCCACCAAGCUGCCUGAACUGAAAGCUGAUCAUACCAGUGCUCUGUGCCUUACAACCACAGUGCACCACCCUGAUCUCUUUGAAAUAAAAAAGUUCUCUACUGUAGCAAAAAUGACUUGUGUUCUUGCAUAUAUCCUUAGGUUUUGCAAUCAUGUCAAACUGACUUCUCAGAACCUUAAGGGCUUCCUAACUAUAAUCGAGCUCGACAAGGCCCUCAUGUUAAUAGUCAAACAUGAGCAAGCUCAAUUAUUUUCAGUUGACUUAAGGAUGCUGCAAUCUCACAAGCAAGUUAAAGGUAAUUUAAAACCGCUAACUCCCUUCCUUGAUGGCGAAGGCAUUAUACGAGUUGGUGGUCGAUUGCAAAACGCGUUGCUUCCUUAUGCUGCACAGCAUCCGGCAAUAUUGCCAAAACAGUCACCCAUAACAAACUUGCUUGUAAAAAAUGAGUAUAUAUGUUUACUAGAUACAGGACAAAAUGUAAUCUUAUGUUAUUCAUGACAAAGGCACCGUAUAAUAGAAUGUUUAACCACUGUAAA